UCCAAGUUCCAACAAAAUGGCGGGCUGUGGACGUCAACAAUCUCACGUGUACCGUACCGCAUGUUCCUCCUAAACUAUAAGUGGAUUCUGCUCUAAAUUAUUAGUAAAAAUGCAUCUCACGAGUAUUUGCGAAUGCGAAGCGCAGGACAGCCUGGCUCCCGUGCGAUCCGCUUCAUCUGCGCCGUGGAAACAAUGGAAACCAGUCCUGGAUGACCUCACGGCACCGUCGUACACCACGGUCAAGCUAAGCACACUUCCUCCUGCACAAAUUGACCAGAGCCUGAAGAAAAAGAAUGGCCGUGCCAGUUUCCUGGCCAAGCUGGCUCAGACGCUGUGCUUCGGCCUCAAGUUCAGAGAGCUGGCACAGGUGCUGGAAGCUUUGACCGCAGGGAUGUAUGCGGCGGACCAACUCAUUCUCAAGGCGGGAAUGCUCCUGUUCGAGAACCACGAGCUUUCAUCUCCCCACAGGACAAACUUUUUUGUCAGGCACUGCCGCUGCCUCGGAACGGCCGACAAGAAGGCCACGGCUCUCGAGUACAUCAUCUACUGCCUCAAGCGGUCCGAACACGUUCAUCUCAGGACUUUCUUUCAGGACCACUUGCGGGUGCACAGGAAGAUGAUCCGUAAGAGCGAGAGGGUGGACCACAUCCUGAGAGGCUACUUGGGCAUCCUGGACUACAUAGAGUGGCUGCCCCUGGCAAGCGGCCAAGUGGCGUCGGAGGGAGAAAAUGCCGAGGAGGGGGCCACGGGAGCGGAAGCCUACCACGGCCUGACGAUCGCGGCCAGGGCCAUGGACAACUUCCGCAUGCUCUUGGAUCACGAAGGCCCCUUCGACAUCUUCAUCGUUAAACUGAUCCAUAUGCUGGAGUUUUAUGGCCACCUGGACAAGGCAGAGUCUGUGUUGGAGGAGUACUUGGACAAGAACCCGGAGAGCCUGAACGCCCACAUCUACCUGUACACCUUCCUCAAACGCCACAACCUGAGGAUGGAGGAGCGCAUCGACGUUCUCCACAAAAUAUGUGGAAUGGACCCGUCCAAUGCUUUGGUUUUGGACUACAUUGACUACAUCUACAGCCUUGAGGGCAGCGGCAGUGCGGAGAGCGUGCGUAUGGUUGCUGACUUCCUGGAUUCGUUCGACAACAAGGAUUCCCUGGAGGGCUGGACCUGGCUGUGUAGGACCGCUGUGCGGGCAGUUCACAGGAAAGAGAAACAGCUGCUAGCUUGUCUCAAGCAGCUGUGGAAGGAGCGACGUGGCUACUGGCGGCCUUACCACUUCAACGUGCGCUUGCAGCCCACCGGGUGCCCGGAGGUCUGGAUCUGCAAGGCAACGCUCCUGCGCGUGCUCAAAUUAGACGACAGAGGAUAUAUGUCGAGCGUCGAAGAGAAGCUGGCAGAACUGGGUGCAGACACGGUCGACGCUUACAACACCUUCGCCGAAAAGAUGUUGCAACGGCCAGACUCUGAGAGCAUCUUGAUGGACUGAGGAAUUCUAUGGAGACCACCGUUACUGUGAUUGAAGAGGAGGUGUUGGCGUCGGAAGUUUUAUCCUGACUUGCGGAGAAAACUGUCGGCACAACUCGGCGAAGUGUCUUUAGCAGCGGCGAUUGUCGGUUUGAGAGUACUUUUUGGCUGCGAACACUGCCGUUGCGUCGUUGCCGGUCUCAGCGCCUUUUCCGUUUUUCUGGGGGCCCCCUCGGUGUCCUUGUCAAUGACUCAGGUCUCUUGUGGGGGGCUGGAGUGCUUUCGGCGCCAUUUUCUUCUGCGUUGCAAUAAAAAACAAACAAAAAAAAAAACAGCA